CCGCUCCAUGUGCUCCGUGUUUGAGUACGUGACUGGGGGCGGGGCCUGUGUCCCUGGAUGCUGCUGCUGGGGAACUGGAGGCGGCUCAGAGUCACUCAGAGUAGUGUAUGUGUGUGAGGCUGUGAGCAGCGUAGUAGUGCUGUGCCUGUACCGUGCUGAGACGAUGGAGCUACAGCGCAGCAGCGGAGAGUGUUACAACCCGAGCCAGCUGAUGCAAUCGGGCUGUGCAGUGAAUUCUCCGGGGGAUACCCUAGGACAGACCCCCGCACACCUGGCAGCAUGUGGGGGACAAGCCUUCUUCCUGCUCUGGCAGCUGCAGACGGGAGUUGACAUUAACCAGCAGGACCUCUUUGGAGAAGCUCUGAUCCAUAAAGCAGCACGUUCUGGUAGCUUACAGUGCCUCAGUUUGCUUGUGGCACAUGCUGCCAGAUUAGAUGUGUGUAACAGAGAAGGCUACACGGCUGAAGAUCUCGCUUUGUCUGGCGGAUUUCCAGAAUGUGCAAAGUAUCUCGCUACUGUAAAACACACGCAAGAUACGUUUUCUAGAGCACGGUUUUCUAUGCAUGACUUAAAGGAGACAACGUCCAGUGUCAAGAGAGGACAAUGUAACAAUGUAUCUGCUGCUCAUGGGAAGAGAAGACGGUCUGACGGCUUCAUGUAGAUGGAUGAUGUGCAAUGCAAGAUAUCUGUCCAUUCCUGUAAUGUGCUUCCACUCGGAGCUUUGACCUGCUGGCUUACAUUAAGCUAAAUGUUAUUUAGCCUCUCUGCUGGAAGGAAGAGGUUUUGUACCAUAUAUCUGACAUUUACUCUGUGUUUUUGUUUACAGACUUUUGUACAAUAAAUUUUGUUCAUUUUC